AUGGGCAACUUGGAUGAGAAAGCCCAAGUAUGGCAAAGCGCUGCGGAGGCGCUCAAGGACUAUCACGACAAUUUGGUGGAACGGUGGCAGAAAGAAACCGACGUUCUCCUCGUGUUCGCUGGUCUGCUGUCGGGCGUUCUGACGACAUUCAACAUCCAGAUUUAUCAGCUCCUCCAGCCAGGUCCAAACGAUGCCACUCUCGCUGUCCUUGAACAGAUAUCCAAACAAAUCGACGGUUUCUCGUUCAACGGCCAGUUCCUCAACUCAAGCCAGCCCGCGCGCCCGCUGAACCAGAUUCAGCCGCCUUUUGUGCCGGCGGCAACGGCGGUUUGGAUGAACACGCUUUGGUUCGCGAGCCUGAUCUGCAGCCUGGCGUCGGCCUCGAUCGCUCUCAUCGUCAAGCAGUGGCUAAACGGACUUACAGUAGGACUUUCGGGCACCUCACGAGAAAGUGCGCGGCUCCGUCAAUACCGUCUGAAUGGCCUCCUGCGUUGGCGCGUAGGUGCAAUCGUGUUCAUCCCGUCGCUCUUACUCCACAUUGCCCUUGUGUUCUUCUUCACGGGGCUGCUCAUCCGCCUGUGGACUCUUCAUCCUACCGUGGCCGUUUCCGCAUCGGCGUUCGUCGGCGCACUCGUAAUUCUCCAACUCGUCGUGACGAUCUUGCCGACAAUCCGAUGGGACUGUUGCUACCGCUCCCCGCAAGCGGUGGCCGUGUACAUCAUGUACAGCACUGGCCGAGACGUUGUGAUCAGAAUGGUUCAGGCAGGGGCUAGGUCGAUCCGUCGCCUCACCCAGUACCGGUUCCGCUGCCUCGCUACCUUGGAUCUGUGGGCCCGUAGGCUGGAGGAAACUCCAGGCUGGCGUGGGCGGGAACGGUCGGACAUCCUGCACGCGACAGGGGAGCUCGACCGGGGCAUUGCCGUCAUGCCAUACACUACCACACUGUCCACACAUUACCUCGAGACGUUGCACGUCGUUCUCUCGGACCUGCCGAGAGAGCAGAUUACGCUCUGCUUCGAGGACAUCUUCGGGGCGUGGGAGGGACAGUGGGGAAAGAGCGCGUGGCGGCACACGCACAGCGUCCGCAAGGAAUUCCUCGUCCGUCCGGUGUUGACAGCCCUGAGGCACUUGCUCGCCAUUGACAGCGAGAAACUGUCGCCAGAGAUGUACGUUCAGUGGACGGCGCACUCGAAGUCUUUAUUGGAGCGCUUCCUUCCGAACGUGCCCUUCCCUGACGUGGAAGUCUGCACCUCGACGUUCUCUCUGGUCGCAGGUGGACGCGGGGAUGUUGCCGAGCUGGCUCUGUCGAGACUCGAACACCAGCUUGCAAUGUACCAAGCGCGAGGCAUGCGGUUGUCGUACAGGGCGUGUCAAAAUGGUCCGUCUCCACUUGGAACCCUUGGCGUGUCCGGUUACUGA